CUUUAAUCCACUUUUCUUGUCGUUUGGUAUGAUGCGGUCCGGUACCUUGGUUGAGUUUUCUGGAUAGUUUUCGUGGAUUUUAUAUUAGAAAAACUGAUUUCAUGGCCAUUAUGGGGCCACUAGUCGUCUUAAAGUAAAAUAAGUUUGAUCAGUAAAGUUGUAAGCUCAUUGUGUUACCAAUUAAGUACUGGGAAUAAACCAUCAUGGAGUCACUGAGCAAUCAGUUGAUUACCAAAGCAAUCAACUACCAUGGACAGCAGUUGCAAAAACUAUGGGAAGGCGAACACGGAGACAACGAUUUAGCCCGUAGAAAUGUAAAGGAUCUGAAUUAUCAAGUGUAUGGGCAGAGGCAGAAGAACCUCUCCUUUCAGGACCGUGGGAAACGUCUUAAGUUGCAACAGUUCAUAGUAAAAAAGGCCGGAGUAAUUUUUUCUAUGCAACCGUCUGCAUUUAAGACUUGCGAUGUGCCAAUAUCGGAAGAUUUAUAUGCGAUUAUGCCUCCCUUUGAGACUUACAUAAACGCGGAUAGGCAGAAGAGGCUUUUGUUUUUCACAGAGAGCGUGAAGGUAGGUGACCUUAUUUUGGGAACUAUUGUUAGCAAGCAGCAGUCUGGAAUGAUGUUGAAAGUAUUAUGCACUGCUGGAAAUGAUGGGAUAGUCAAGUAUGCGGCUGAUAUUAAUAUUAAGGCAUUCUGUCCAGUGGCUAAUGUAAUACCGGCGGUGGACAAAAAGGGCGUUUCACGUAGUUACAUGAUGAACGACUACGUUUGUUGUGAGGUUCUGGAAGUGAUCGCGGAUACAGACAAAAUGGUGUGUGGCAUGAAGGGAACUACGAGAAAGCCCGGCGAUCCCGAACAUCACCCACCACUGGGUCUUAUUAGUACUGAUGAUUUCCCUUUGGUUUACAAGAAGUCUUUGGAUCAUAAAAAUGAAUCGUUUGAAUCAGUUUUGGAGAAAAGUAUUGGGUUCAACAAUCCAAACAACAUACAAUUCUUAUCUGGACAGAUGGGAAUUGAUGAUCAUUUCACACUUAUUGAGGCCUUAAGGGGAAGAUUCCCAGAAAGCGAAUACGCAAACGAGCUACGCCAAAUCCAAGCGAGUAAGUGGGCGUAUCGUAACGUCGCGGACGGUAUUGAUCAUUUUAAAGCCGGGAAACACGUGGAGGCGUUCCAAUGUUUAAAUAAGGCACUGCAUAUUGACCCGAGAAACGUGGAGGGACUGGUCGCCAGAGGCGCCCUCUAUGCUAACAGCGGUAAUUUUCAAAAGGCCAUAGAGGAUUUCGAGACUGCUUUGAAAUUGAACCCGAGUCAUGCGAAUGCCAGGAAGUAUAUGGGCGAGACUUUGGUGGCGUUAGGCAGGAGCUAUGAGGAGGAGAACAAAAUCGAAGAGGCUCGUAAGGCGUAUCAGAGUUGUUUGACUAUUAUUCCCUAUCAUGAAGAAGCCAAGAACUCGCUUGAAUUUUUAAAGAACAAAGAUAGGCAAAGCGCGAAAAACCUAAUAGAACCCGGCGAAUUAUUAUUGCCAAAUCUGUCGUUGGCGAAGCCGGCAACGGACGUGAACGAUGCCUUAAAACAACUGUUAAAAAAUGAGGAAGACGAGAAAAAAGAGAAGAAAAAGAAGAAGAAAGAGAAGAAAAAAUUAAAGAAAAAGCGACACUCGAGUUCCAGUUCGAGCUCAAGCUCGUCCGGUAGUGGUGAUAGUUCAAGUAGCUCGUCGAGUAGCAGUAGUGAUUCCAGCUCGUCUAGUGGAGACUCAGAUUUUAAGAAACGCAAGAAGAAUAAAAACAGACGUGAUAAACGCGAGAACUCCCUAAGUCCUCUUAGCAAGCGAAUGGCGAUGAUGGACGCCCAGUCGCACGAUUCCGCCUCGGCCAGUUUCACCUUUAAUAAGCCGGCCACCAAUUUCGAGUUUGCUUUCGAAGGACUCGAAGCGAAAACGAAAUCGGUCGCCGAAUUGGAUUACGAGUCUAAAGUUAAGGCAUUUUUAUUGGAGACCAAAGACGAUUCCGAUUAUGAGGCGAAGGUAAUGGUACGGAAGUUUCUAGAAGAAAGUUCCAAAUGGAAAAAGGGUAAAGGAGGUGUAGACGACAAAAAGAAGAAAAAGAAAAAGGAUAAGAAGGCUAAAAAAGAGAGCAAAAAAAAGAAGAAAAAAGAGAAAGAGAAAAUUAAGCGCAAGGGAAUCGAUUUGGAUCUAGACGAUCACAAAAAGUUGAGGGACGCCAUUAAGAAGGAACUGAGUAAGGAAAAGAAGAAGAAGCACAGCGUCGGGUCCGAGGAGGAGGAAUAUUUUUUGCAAAAGUCCGGCGUAUCCAAGAGGUUUAUCGAAAGUUUACCGGAUUUGGAGGAAUUGGAAACGAAACUUAACGCCUAUUAUGAACUGGAAAAACAAAGCAAACGUGACCUGAGCGAGUCACCGAAGCAUUCGCGACUCGAUUCUCCGUCACCGACGCGAGAACAAAAAGCGCGGCAGGCGGUGGCGGAGGCGGCAGCCGCCUCGUCCGGCAAGUGGAAGAUGCACAUCGGGGCGGGCGGUAUGCCGCCCGCGUCUGCGCCGCCCUCGACUUCCGGCCGCCCCAAGAAGAAGCAGGAGCGACCGCCUUCUCCCGAUUGGCCGCCAGAGUUGCCGCAAGAGAAAACCGGCCGUUCCCGAAAUAGCUUUGACGAGCAUUCUAAAAAGGCAUCGUUGCCUCCAUUACCCCCGACCGAUAAGAACGUGAGCGUACGCAAACAGAUGGCGCUCAAAGAACCGCCAGUGAAGCGUCGCAGUCCGUCGCCCUCGCCGCCUCCCAAACGGGCCUUAAAACCAUUAGCUGCGCCGCCCAUGCCGCCCGGACCGAAGAUUCCUCAAGGACAAGUGGUGCUCGACAAGUUCGGCAAUUUCAGGCUGAUGACGCCGCCCGAGAUGAAAAAAAGAAGGGAGGGCAUGCCAUCGGGGAGUCGACCACCAGAACCACCCGGACGUCCGCGGUCUGAGAGCCGAUCUCCGAAGCGACGCAGUCGUUCGCGAUCGCGCGGUAGCAGAUCGCGUAGCAGCAGUUUGUCACGUAGUCGCUCUAGGAGUUACAGGUCUAGAUCCCGUAGUUACCAGUCCCGCAGCCGAUCCAGAUCCGGAUCGUUCUACUCGAGGUCACGGUCCAGGUCCCGUAGUUAUUCGGGAGACAGACGUUUCCGAAGAAGGGGCGGCGGCGGUUUCCGUGGAAACCGGAACGACCGGGGUACCUAUUAUAAGCCAAGGUAUCCCCCCAAUCCCAGAUAUGAUAACAGGGGCCGUGGAGGACGCGGAUGGAAUAACCGCGAUAGAUAUGACAGAAAUUAUAGAGGAAGAGGCCGUCCGUAUGAUAACUAUAGAGGUAAUCGUAGGCCGAGGGCUCGUUAUGGAGGACGAGGAGGGUACAGAGACUAUAGGGACAGGAGGCGUGAUAGGAGUGUAUCCAGAGAUAGAAGCAGGUCAUACAGUCGCAGUGUCGAAAGAUCAGAUGAGUCACCACGAAGAAGUAGAGGUAGCAGAGAUGUGAGUAAAGAGAGAAUCAACAAAUACGCGUCAGAGACUGCAACUGGACCCGCCGAGGGUGGAGAUAAACAACAUGUGGCUCCACCGGUCAAACAUGAUGGGCCAUUAUCUGAAGGGGAGGAUAGAGAUGACUAUACGAGUGCCGAUAAGAAUGAUAAAGCGGAAGAAAAUGCUAGCGCUCCUGCAGAAGUUCAAGAUUAAACAUGUAAUUAUUAAUUUAAUAGUUUUUAGUGUUCACCCGUGUAUUUUGGUGUAUUUAAAAGAAAAUGAAUGUUAUUGUGUUUCAUAAGUUGAUGCAAAAGAUCACGAAAUAAAAUGCAUUAACAUUU